AAGAUCAACACAACAAAUUGAGGUUAAAAAUUUUGUGUAAUCUUGCAUUGCAAAUUAAUGCAAAUCUUAAAUUACACAAUAUUUGGUACAAUAAUUAAACAAUCUUGUCUUGUUAGAUUUCACUACGUUAUCUUCUAUAAGAAUUUUUCAAUAUGAAGAAAGAAGAAGUGCAAGAAAUUUUUCUGAAAAUUAUGAGAGAAGAAGAAGAUGUAUCUGCUGGCGUAGCAGCGAUUCGAACUCUUUUAACUGUGAUAGAAAACUACAAAGUGGCAACAGUGAGAGAGCUAGAUCUGAACCUGCAGCUGGCGGUGGACGCCAUGCGCAACUGCAACCAGCCCGUCACCGCCAUCAACUCCGGCUGCGAGCUGUUCAUGAGGUUCAUCACACUCGCCAAACUGGAUGUCAAGUCUUUUGAAGAGUGUGAACUGAUAAUGAAGCACAGAGGACACAUAUUCCUGGACACAUUACUAGAAGCCAGAGGCAAGGUGGCUAAGCAGACAUUACCUUUCAUCAGUGAUGGUUGUAGAAUACUUACACAUUCACGAUCUCGAGUUGUCCUACAAGCCAUGCUGGAGGCAGCUAAAGAAAACAAGAGGUUCCAAGUGUAUGUCACUAUGUCCGCUCCUGAUAACAGUGGCGAGCUAAUGCACAAGCAGCUCGAGGCGGCCGGCAUCGACGCGACGCUGAUCCUGGACGCGGCGGCGGGCUACGUGCUGGAGCAGGUGGACCUGGUGCUGCUGGGCGCCGAGGGGGUCACCGAGAGCGGCGGCAUCAUCAACAAGAUCGGCACAUACACCGUGGCUAUGGCGGCGCAAGAGCUAAAGCGGCCGGUUUACGUGCUCACCGAAAGCUUCAAGUUCUCUCGCACCUACCCACUGAACCAGCAGGACCUGCCCAACGACUUCAAGUACCUCUCCGGAGUCAUCAAGUCGGGGAACAAUCUCCAGAAACAACACCCGCUAGUGGACUACACGCCGCCCUCGUAUAUAACCCUGCUGUUCACGGAUCUCGGCAUUCUCACGCCGUCCGCGGUCAGUGAUGAACUUAUCAAGUUGUAUCUGUAAUAUUGAGGUUGUGUUGGUAUUUUUAAACUUAAUAUACAAUUUAUUUAAAGUUACUAUGCGUUUGCUUGUAGGUUAGUAGGGUGUUGUAGAGAAACAAAUAUUAAAAUCUGGCACUUUAUUCGUUAUUCUUAAAAAUGGUAUGUACAGUCAUGUCUAUAGAGCAUCUGCAUAACAUAGGGUAGGUAUCUACUUACUUAAAAUUACUGACACUCAACAAAAUCUAUCUCACUUUGUGUUACGUUUUAUAUUUGUUACUUUCAUGCAGAUACAAGUAGGCAAGAAACAUUAAUCGAAGCAAAGAAUCUUAUCAAUCAAUAAAUGGAAGCAAGUCACAAUAAACAAUAAAAAUGUGAUGGAUAUCG